AUGAAAGUUUCAAAGUCAACGGAACAACACUGUAUCUCGACAUGUUCGCUGAAACGGACGAUUCGCUUCAUCAGCCGUCGGUUCGAAUCGUGGAAUUUGAGAAGAAAGGGCCCAACUGUGGAUUCCACUUAACCAGAGGCAAGUGGGACCCUUAUCCGUGGGUCAGUCAAGUGGACGACGACUCUGUUUCAAAUCUAGCUGGCCUCAAACCCGGCGAUUGUCUUUUGGAAGUUAACGACGAAGAUAUAGUGGGCAAGAAGAUAUGUGAAAUAGCUGAACUAGUUAAGAACAAAACGGGAAAAGUAUCGCUCUUGGUAUGGAACGCCGGCGUCGACCCCCAUUGCUCCCCAGAAGCUUUGUGUUGCGGCCCUAUCCCAAACAAUUUAACACGUCUGUCAGCGUGUAUGUCGACCAUUUUAGCCUUUUUAGAAUGCCCUGUUUGUCUUGAAACGAUCUUUCCGCCCACAUACCAGUGUGACAAUGGUCACUUGAUCUGCAUACGGUGCAGGGCUAAAUCCGAGAGAUGCCCUGUCUGCAGACUGCGCUUUAACAGGGGAAGGUCACUUAUUUCAGACCAGGUAUAUAAUUCGGUUGUAGAAGCAUUUGACUUAAAAGAGGAAAAUAAAGAUAACACGGCUCAGAAAAUACAGCAAAUCUUCAAACCUAAACCGAAGAACAAAAUCAUACCAAAUAUUAAAGUGACCCAGUGCCAUACGAACAAUUUCCUUUCAAAGUUGAUGGGAAAAUCCUCAUCUGUAGAUAAUUUAUCGUCGAAUUUUAAAUUCUUGUCCCCUAACGACUCUGAAACGAUGAAGAUAAAAAGUUUAUCGUCCAACGAAAUAUUUCAGGCGGAAACUCCGACUGUCUCGAGGGCCGGUUCCAUUUUAAAACUGAGCCGAAGAAAAGAUAACAAUACCACCACUAUGGACGACUCUUUAACCAAUAUAAGCGAUUUUGAAGACAGGCCAGCUUCAUUUCACGGUUCUGUUGAGUUUUUAGAUAAUCAUUUAUCGGAAAGAUCCGAUACCAAUGAGGAACUAUGCAAAAACCAGCUCACCUUUCACUGCCCUUUUCAGUCAAAAUGCACUUCACUUAUUAAAGAAAAUGAAAUAAUGCAGCAUUUCGAAACCAACCAUGAGGGCCCACUGGUGCAAUACUUCGGUAAAACCAUUCAAAUCUCCAUAAGAAAACUUGAUAAUGAAAACUGCUUUAUGAUAAAUAACGCUGGAUGUACCUACUUUGUUAAGACUUACGCAAAUUCUGAAGUAACACUUGGAGAUUCGAGUACAAGUGAUAUAUUCCUUUGGUGCUGGUACUUAGGAACAAAAAUCGGAGCUAAAAGCUUUGAACUAGAAGUAGAACUAAAAACAACUAGUCUCAAAAUGCCAUUUUUUAGAGUUAGAAGUCCAAUUUCCUCAUUGCAUUCCACAUCAUUUUAUGAUAUUAAAGAGUUUAAUAAAGGCAUUUUCUUAAACUCAGAGACCAUUAAAUCAUUAGGAUGCGUUGAUGAUAUUAUUUUAAAUAUCAGUAUUAUACCAACCGAUGUGUAACAUUUAUAGUUAUGAAUAUUUAUAAUGUAAAUUAAUUGCAAAUUAUUAUGUUAAAUUAAUAGACUGAUUGCUUUGAGAAAAAUGCAUAAUUAAAGUGCCUCUAUGAUAAAA